AUGGUUCAAAGGCGGGAGCAGAGGGAUCAAAUCUGGCGGCCAGUUGCACAAUAUCAACGACAGCACGCCCCAGUCAAUGUGGUGUUGGAUGCUGCGUCAGGAAUUUGGCUAGCCGGUGGUUUCAGUGCUGAAAUCCUUGAUGUCAAAGAAGGCAGCUCUGGAGCUCCGACCACUCAUCACCCCGACCCGCCCUUUUGGCCUUACGCGACAGCUUCCCUGCACCCAAAAGUUCGACAGCGUCAGCGCCUGCCUCCAUCUGCUGGGCCGACAAGAACCACCGCCACACCUCAGGUCGACCCAGACCCGCCAGACCUUCUCGGCGGGAGCAAAUUCAAGAAAUUGCGAUGCGUUGAAAACAGAACAGCAGAGCAGUUCAUCAUGGCCGAAGUCACUGCCCUGGACGGCCUCGAGGCUCUCCAUCGAGAGCUGGUCGCAGUCUGUGAACAUCGUUUCGAGAGCCUCCACAUCCUUGAGCAGGAGCUCGAUGCCCACGCCGAGGCAUUCAAGAAGCUCCUCGACAAGCGACCAAGGAGCAAUGCCAGCCGGAAUGCCGUCAAGACUGGAAAGAUUACGGUCGAGGACGACGAGUACUCUAUCAACGCGGAGUUCCAAGAGAUGGCGCUGCAGCUGGCCGACGAGUUAGACCUUGAUGAGGUAGAUUCGGCAAGACUACUUCUAGACUCCCAGGAGGACACUCGAACCCUUGGCCGCCCACUGCUGGAGUGUGGUGUGAUCCGAUUCCACCAACAACGCAGGUACUUGCUCGACUGCAUGCGACUCUGUAUCCAGAUACGAACCUCCGACGACGAAGAGCUCGAGUCUCUGCAGGAUGUCUUUGGCACCUACGUCACCGACAACAUUUAUGGCGGAAGAGCAAACAGCAAGAUCGUUUCGAGGUGCAUGGAGGCGAUGCAAGAAAUCAAGGGCUGGUUACAGAAGCUUGCGGAUCGAAUGACCACUGCGAACGUCGUGUACGCUGGCGCUGCCCCUCGGCUGCCUUACCACGAGGUGGUCGAGUUUUCCCGAGUCAGCCUGACCCAGCAACAUGAGUUGCUGGCUUUGAUAAUGGCCAGCGCGAUUGAGAAACGUCACGCGCAAGUAGACGACUUCAAGAACCUCCUCAAGCACCUUCAGAAAGCGGAUCGUUACGAUCAAAUGCUAGUCCACUUUUUCCCUGUCAUUGGCGCCUACGUCUCUUGUUUUGGAUCAACCGAGGGGAGCACCUCUGUGGAGGAAGGCGAGCAGUUGAACAAGUUGAUUUGCAAGCCGUCCGAUGAUGACAACUGGAUCAUGCCAUAUCUUCAUGCUGCAGUCCAAGUAUGGUGGAUUGCCGAGUACUCUGGCUGGUUUACACAAAUUGGCGAGACAGGGCGUCAAAAGUUUGACGAGGAGAUGUUCUUCGGACCAUUCACCGAGGCCAUGAAAGCUGGAGCCUUCGACUUCAUUCUGUCCGUUGCUGCCGAUGUGAAGACACUGGAAUGGCAGGAUUCUGGACGGUUGGGAAUACGACACUGGCUCCAAAGAAAGUCUCCAUCCCUUCUCGAUGCUGCCCAGUUCUCGGAUUAUUUCCAGUCCGUCCUCAUGGUCCACCUCGAAAAUCUGGUUGAGGGCCUCAUCUCAAAUCUCCCAGAUGCGCUACGCAGGAUGCGAAGUGAGGAAGAUGAACAACGUCAGCUCAGUCAAACCCAUGAACAGGACUUGGAUCUGGAACGGUUCCUCUUGAUAAUCGCCUAUGCAUAUGAAGGGCGGCCUGACGCAGCCUCGGCCUUUUGGACAGACCCCGACAGCAACCUAGCGGGUUUUCUGCACUGGGCGUCACGAAGAGCGUCCACCCCACUGGUCAGCGCCUUCUGUGAGAUGCUGCAGUCCAUCUCAGAUGACGAUACUUGCGCUACGGCUGCCCAUAACUUCCUUUUGGAUGAGGGUCAACCGGCAUCUGGAAAGAUGCGUAAAACUCUGUCACUCACGUGGGCUCAGAUAUUCAAGGAGCUUCAUUUUUUCACGGUAAAGCUCCGCGAGAGGCCUUCUACGUCCCAAUCACUCACCUACCGCUCCGGGAAGCCCCCACCCGAACAAGCUGAAGCCGAACCAGAAUCAGCAAUGAUGUUGGAAUGCUAUCUCAGACUCAUCACCAAACUAUCAUCACAGAGUGAAGACGUCAGGACUUUCCUCCUUACAGAUGACUUCAACCUGGUCCAGGGGCUCUUUCUUCUGGCCAGUACCCAGAUCCCCUCCCGUCUGAAGUCCUAUACCUUUUACGCACUACGGGCGCUGAUGAGCCGCAAAACGGAAGAGGAGUGCACCAUAAUGUGGGCAGUCCUCGACUCAUGGGCGACUGGACAACAUAACACGCCGCAGAUGCAAGGACGUCAACCUGUUGGGCCAUCCAACCAAACCCCAGCCGCUCAAAUGCGAAGACAAUUGCUCGAGCUUUCUCGUGGGUUUGAUGAGCCAAAUGCAAUAGUCCAACUACUGAACUCUCUUGUCUCUCCUGUCAACGAGUCGUCGCCAUUGAAUGACGGUCUGCCUUUCCCAGAAGAUUUGGGCUCCCAAGUCAGGAUGCCGGGGAUAGAUCCCUACGUUGACUAUGUCCUCGGCUUUGUCUUUGCCGAUAAUUCUGGAGCCUUGCAAGAUACGACCCAGAUGAGGAUGCUGCGAUUAAGUUGCCUUGAGUUUGCGCUGCUAUGUCUCGACACGUUCAACGAAGACCUGAUUGUGCUUGGCAAUGAGACAAACAUCCCCGUGGACUCGAUCAUGACGACAACGGAUCUUGCUACCUACAUCAGACUUCAUCCAUUCGCACGCGUCAUGGAAUGGAUGUUGAACGAGCGAGUAAUGGCCGCCCUUUUCGAAACAAUAAAUCAGAGGCACCAGGACGAUGUCGCCCAGCUCGCCAGCGCUCCUCCAGAUUCGCCGAUAAUACUGAGCACUCUGCGCGCUGUUGAAGUUGUCAGCAAAGUCCUCGACAUGCAAGAUACGUAUGCGGAUCUCGUGCGCCCACUUCUCAGGAACCAGCCAUUAAAGCGAGAGCCAGUGGCCACAUCGUAUACAUCUUUCGCUGAUGGGAUGAUGAAUCACCUUCCUUUGAUCGUGAAUCUAGGCCGAUUUUGCGGGAUGGGCCACCCGGCCUUGACACUGGCAUGUCUGAAAUUGCUGGAGAAGGUCUCAUCAUCGGCGAGGAUAGCUUCAGCUUGGAACCCCGGCCACUUCGGACAAACCCAUCGUAACAAAGCCAUUGUGGCUUUGGAGUCAAACGGUGACGCUGAGACCAUAUCCGGAUGCUUCAUUGCAGAACUGGUAGCUCCUCUUGACCUGGCACGAGGAGCGGACUCACCCAACUACAUGAUCAAGUUAUACAUUCUUGACUUCAUUUUUGCUUGUCUGCAAGCCACGCCUAAUCAACCUACGAUCGCCCAUUUAUUCCUGGGCUUCCAGUGUGGCAUAGAUUCUGUUUCAGUCGAGACCGAAGGAGACUUCGACUCCCGCACCUCCUUGUUUCACAACAUGCUACGGGUACUUCUUGAGACACCAUACGGUGAUGAAGAGACGGGCAUGUGGCGGUGGACGAUUGAACUCAAGUUCAAGAUCAUGAGAAUUCUCCGGAUCCUUUGGAUCUCACCUUUAUCUUCAUCCAUCGUUCUGAAUGAGCUCAGGGAGAAUGAAUUUCUCUUUCACCUCCUCCUCGGCGAAAUACCCAUCCAACCUUCGUUGUCUUGGGAUGGUCAGCUCAUGACCGGGCCUGAGUUCCUGGUAACUGAAUCAUCCAUGACCUUCAUAUCCUUCCUCGCACUCCGCGCCAUUACUCUCGAGUACGCCAGCAUCGAGCUGUGCAGCGUUUCCCAACACAGACUACCGCACUUCAAACGACGGCUCAUCGACGCUUUGAACGGACAGCUAAAGAGCGAUGAUGGCGAGUUGAUGCCAGUCUCGAGCAUCUUUGACCUGUUUGACUUCCUCCCGCCAGAUGGCCAGCACUGGGAGGUUCCACCACCGCAAUUCCAAUACUACCGCGACCUCGACCUGAGGCCCUGUUUGACAGAAGAUCAGGAUGGCAAUCCGGUCUACAACAUCGAAAGGGUCAGGGAUAUACUGUUGCUGAAACGCAACGAGUUCGCCAGCCUCGGGCAGAUCGCCGCCGAGAAGGACAUAGACUUGAUGGAUAGGGAAGAGCUGCUCCUCGUGGAAUUCCUGGAGUUCUCGAACCGGAAAAAACAAUUGGGCUCUUUCCGCCUCAAAGUCCUCAGGUAUUGGAGCAAUGUGUUGCUUGUCAUGUUUGAGUCAAACGAGUUUAAGGGCAGCGCACAAACCUCGUUCCUCCUUCAGGCACUCCAGGCGGUACUCCCAAGCUUGGAGAUAUAUGCAUCGGAGAGCCCAGACGAGGCAUACGAGCUGGCGAAACUAGCCAAAAUCCUUCUCUUCAAGAUUGACUUCUCGACAACGACCUCCCAGAACGGAGACACCCCGAGAAUCGGAGACUUGGUUAGCGACAAACUCUUCCAGCUCUUCCAGAUCUGCCUGGCUGCGAUCGGCAAGUGGGCCGGGAAUUCGGAGCUACGCGCCCUCUACUACAGCAUCUGCUAUCGGUACCUCGCGGGCAUCAUCCAAAAGGACCAGGACUCCCUGCCUAGCCGCCACAAGGCGAUCAAGUCAAUACACGUGCACGGGGAGAGGCUCCUGAACGUCAUCUGCGACGACGCCUAUGGGAGCGACGCCGCGUGCCAGACGGCAGCCCUAAUCCUGCUCAACGCUCUGGUCAAGGUGGGAAGUGUCGAGGACGACGCUUUCGUCGUGGAGAACCUGAACAAGCUGAACUUCAUCGGAAUCCUGGUCGACUCGCUCAGACCCGUCCUGGCAGAGUGGCUCGAGAUCGUCCAAACAAGGAACGCCGACGCCGAGCUACUGUGGAACGCCAGGCUCGCCCUGAUCCUCUCCAUCUGCCAGACGCGCGAGGGAGCCAAGCACGCGCUGCAGGCGAAUCUCUUCCACGCCAUCGAGCAGUCGGGCCUGUUCGCGGCGGACCCGGAGCUCCUCGAGGCCGAAUCCGGGUCCCGCGCCGGCGCCGGCGCCGCAGCCCUGGAGAGGCACUACGCGCUGCUGGUGCGCGUGGCUCGCGUCGUCUGCGCCGCCGUGCUCACCCGCGGGCCGCAGAGCAACGUCGCGCAGGGCCCCGCGCGCCGCUUCCUCUCCGAGCAUAGGAUGCUCGUCGUGCAGACGCUCAAGCGGAGCGCAGGCAUCGGCGGGGCAGCUGGUGGUAUCAAUGGUGGCAAGGCGGCCGGCGAGGCGGCGCUGCUGCUGGAGGACGCGGUCGAGGAGCUCGCCGAGGCGUUCAUGGUGCUCAUUGCCGCGACGGGCUUCCUGGAGUUCGAGGAGGAGAUGGCAGCGCCCAAGAGUAACGGGGUGCAGGCGAGGGGACUGCCGCCGGCCAUGUUUCACUGA